UUACUUAAGCACUUAUUUUCCUAACACAAAAAUGGAAUGUAUCUUCAUGUUUGAUCCUUCUUAAUGGCUUAAUCUUUCCUCCUUUCAUCUCACUUCUAUCAUUUCUCAUCUAAGAAAACAUGGACAAACCCUAAAGAAAUCAAUGGUUUUUGUUUCUAUUGGCAUGUUCAAUCUCAUGAUGUGAGGUCUUCUAAGAUAUUUAGUUAAGGUGUGAACUUUGAAGCCUUUUGUUCAUCAAAACAAUCAAAAGAAAAGGAAAAAAAAUUGCAAGAAAAUGAGUUAUAUUGUGUCUAGUAAAAGAUCAUUACCUAUGUGGAGUUUCUAUAAUGGUGGAAGUUGCAGAAACUCACCAAACUCCUCUAAUGAAAAUUCUAGAAUUCUAGAAUUGUCACUUUCUAGUGACAAUGGUUUCUCCCCAGGUGAAGAACCAAAGGAUGCAGAUUAUGUUCUACCGUUACCAUAUCUCAGUGAUGAGAUAGAGACAAUGAUAUUGUCGAGGUUUCCUAUAUCAAAACACUGGAAAAUGUGUUGCUUAAACAAGAAGUAUUUGAAUGUAAUGAAGAGUGGUGAGAUUUAUAGGAUGAGGAGAAUGAUAGGGUUGAAAGAACCCUCAGUUUUUAUGUUGGCAAGUGGUGAGAGGAAUUGGUGUGUGUUUGAUGGUGAAUUCAAGUCAUGCAAGAAAUUGCCAAUUAUUCCAUCUGAUUACAAGUUUGAAUUUGGUGUUAAAGACUCCUUUUCUGCUGGCACACAUUUGUUUGUUUCAGGUAUGGAGAUUGAUGGAGCAGUUAUAUGGAGAUAUGAACUAACAACAAAUGAAUGGUUCAAAGGUCCAUCAAUGAUAACACCAAGGUGUGCCUUUGCAUCAGCUUCAUCUAACACUUUUGCUUAUAUUGCCGGUGGACUUGAAACAAAGAACUGCAUUGAAAUUCUAAACUCAGCUGAAAAAUACAAUUCAGAAAACCAAACAUGGCAAAAACUCCCAAACAUGAACAAAAAGAGAAGAUUCUGUUCAGGUUGUUACUUGGACAACAAGUUUUAUGUAAUCGGAGGACAAGAUGAAAACCAAAAGAAUCUAACAUGCGGAGAAUUCUUCGACGAAAAGGCCAACAAAUGGAACUUGAUUCCAAACAUGUUGAAAGAUAUUAUUCUUUCGAGUUUAGGAUCACCGCCUCUUAUAGCCGUUGUUAACAAUGAAUUGUAUGCGCUCGAUGCUUCUUCGAACGAGGUUAAGGUUUAUGUGAAAGGUAAGAAUUUGUGGAAGAAAUUAGGGUUUGUUCCUGUGAGAGCUGAUGUACUUGGUUGGGGGAUAGCAUUCAAAUCUUUGGGAAAUGAGUUGCUUGUUAUUGGUGAUAGUUCACAUACAACUUUGAUGAAGAUUUAUACUUGUUUGCCUCAUCAUGAUUUGGAGGUUUUGGAAUGGAAGCAAAUUGUGUGUGGUAGUGGAAAUCUUAAUCCUUUUAUUCAUAAUUGUGCUGUUAUGUUAGCUUGAAAAGUUUGAAGUUUGUAUUUUAAGGAAUAAGUAGGGUUUCUUGGAAAUGAAACUCUUCAAAAAUAUAAUUUACCUGAGUAGGGUUAUAAGAAUCCAUCCGAGUUUAAAAAGUCUCUGAUUCAAUCAAUAGAAUUCGAACUCAAAUUUUUGUGAAAUUUGAGUUAGUAGAAUUCUUUUUUGGUUGAACCGAUCUAUUUUCACGGAGUUUGCUUGAUUACUUUAUUAUAUUUUAUCAUUUGAUUAAUGUUUUUAGUAUAUGUCAUAUGGUGUCAUUUGAUGAAACUACUUGUAGUUGAUCAUCAUUGGCUUAGUUUGUUAUUAAGUUUGCUUAUGUAAUAUAUAUGUAUCUUGUUUUUUUAUCUUGAAAUUAAGUUGAAAGUGUUUAAGUCG